AUGGGGUGGCACCCUGGGCGCAGCACGUCCGGGCACCUGGUCUUCAGGGCGGCCACGCCCCAGCCCAGCUGGCAGGCUUCUCUGCGCGGCCUGCAGGCCGACAACCUCCACUCUGUGGUGAAGGUGUGGGCCUGCAAACGCUUCGCGGUGGUCUUGCUCUGCUUCUGGGCCCUGCUAAUGCUGUGCUAUUACGUGAAUGCCGGGUUCUCGAAUUCUGUGUCUCCAACUGAAUAUAUUCAGUGGAGCAAUGAAAACGCUAAUGGACAACAUCAGGAAAAAACUUCUGCCUGGGGAGCUCUGAUAAGAUAUUUCUUUCCAACAACAUGCAUUCCAAGGGAGAAUCAGGUGGUAAAGCCUUGCUAUCAGCUGCAAGAUCUUAACAGGAGUGAAUGUUUGGGAUACAAAUGCUGUUAUUCGUCAUUCAAGAUCAGUCACUUUAGCUGUUUUACCCCGAUAAAAGAUAAGCCUGCGCAGAUGUUCCGGGUGCUUGGCCUUGGUGUGAUCAUCGUGAUCAUCCUGGCAUGUCUGCCCACUUAUUGCUGCACUCUUUGCCGGAGGAGCAGAUGGGCCAAUACUUUACGAAGGAAAGUCAACAGAUUUUUAAAGGCUAAGAAGAAACAAAGAAAGAGAGUAAAGAGAAAUACUGAAAUGUUAGAGACAGCAGUGGAUGAGGCAGUAUUAGAUGAUGAAAAGGAGCAGGAAACCAGAGCGUUAUUUUCCCAUUGA